AGUUUCUCUAGUAACACACGUUUGUUGUUGUUGAAAGUCAAUGGACGGUUUUAUUUCAAAGGUUUCCGUCCAAAAACAAUCAUAUAACUACUAUAUCGGUGAUGGUAAAGCACAAAGUCACUGUAAUGUUCGGGCCGUAUGUUAGUUGUGGUAUUUUGCAGUACAAAACAGCAAGAUUGGAGGGACUACAAGAGCUGCUUUUGAGUGAUGGACACUCGGUGGAAUUCGAGAAAACAGAAGACAGAGACGAUGUAGAGUUAGUCGUACACGGUGAAAUAGUCUUCAGAUGUAAAAUACAGGAUUUGCAAUAUGGUGGUGAUGGUAAGCUCGACCCAACAUGCCACAGGGCCCUUGAGGCUGUACAAAAAGCCUAUUGAUUUAUGAACAUUUGAGGCAUUUUAAAUCUUUGCAUGUAUGUACAUGUAGAUACAGUAGUAUUUGAGACAUAUAUAUGGUAGGAUUUGGAUGAAUAUACAUAAAAUUGUAACAUAGUUUGACCAAGUUGUUUGACUUUUUUUAUCAUCACUACAAAACACAAAGUUUAUGGUGCGAUUUGGUUAUGGUGCCAGUUUUUAGGUCAUACAGAGAGGGGUGUGUACCCCCUCCCGCCAAAAAAUUCUUACUUUUUUGUCCCGGACACUGUUUGCUAUUCUGCACAGUGUUGUGCCCACAGACAAGAUGGUCUUGUAGAGCCAACAAAUGUAAUAACUACCCACAAAUGUAAUAAAAAGUUACCCACAAAUGUAAUAAUAAGUUACCCACAAAAGUAAUAACAUGGAUUUUAUGGCUCUUCCUGGGAAGGGGCUGUUAAAGACAUGUCUACCACCUACUUUCUGAGGACAUUCAUCCCAACAAUUUAUUUUCAACAAACAUUG